AUGCCUCAUCCGCUCCCCAAGCCACUUCCCUCCAAAAUGCCGCCCAAACCAUCCCGCUGGACUUCUCUAUCCCUCGACACCUGGCUCUGGGAGAUCCUGGCCCUGAUCUUCAGCACCUCUGCCUUCACUGCCAUCUUCGUCCUCCUCGCCGUCCACGACCAGAAGCCCUCGCCCGCCUUACCCUCCGGCAUAACCCUCAACACCAUCAUCUCGAUCCUAUCCACCAGCUCCAAGUCCUCUCUGAUCUUCGCCAUCAGCUCCGCAAUCGGCCAGCUCAAAUGGAUCGCCUUCCGACGCAGCAGGAAGCCGCUCUCCGAUCUGCAGCUCGCAGACGACGCCGGCCGCGGCCCCCUCGGCUCCUUCUGGCUCAUCCUCCGGCACAAGGGAAAAGACCUACUCUGCCUCGGCGCCGCAGUCACAAUGCUCUGCCUGGCAUUCGACCCCUUCAUGCAGCAGAUCCUCUCCUACCCCAUCCGGCUAACCCCGAACAAGAACGAACCCCACAUGCAAGCCAGCUUCAAGAGAGCCCGGUACCCGCUCUUCGACGCCGGCCCAAACCGCUCCAUCAAAUCGGUCAUCCACGCGGGGAUCUGGACGGACUCCUUCGCCCUCGACCCGCUCUGCCCCUCGGGGAACUGCACCUUCGCCCCCUUCGUCUCGAUGGGCUGGUGCAGCGCCUGCUCGGACGUCACCGCCUCCGCGAGCUUCACCUGCGACGCCUCGUCCAACGGCACGUCCGGACGCACCAAGGACAAAAAUAACGCAACGGAUAUCCCCUGCGCCGUAUCCCUGUCCUCCCCGCUCAGCAGUUCCUCGUUCACCGAGCUGAAGAAGCACGUGGAGGCGGAUCCGCGGAUUCUAGGCGCGCUGUCGGUCCCGGUCGACUACGUGUGGUCUGUCGAGAGCGUCAACCUAGAGAAGAACGUGACGCUGAGCGGGGUGCGGAAUCCGCUCGCGGUGUUUUGGCGCGCGCGCGUCGACGUCCCGCUGAAUGGGAGCAUGUGGUUUGAGGCGCACAUCCACAGCGCCGUUCCGGCGCUGCGGACUGGGGGGAUCAAGUUGCGGGAUGUCACGCAGUGUGUGCUUGCCCCGUGUGCCAGGGAGUAUACUGUCUCCGUCACGCGUGGGAUUCCGGCGAUCCGUACCUCGGAGCCACGGUAUGGGGACUUGCUCUUUGACAGCUCGAGGAUGGGGAAUGGGGGGUUCUGCUGGAGGGCUCCGGACACUGGGAGUGGGAGUGGGAGUUCGCGGCCGUCAGCAUCCCAGGCCGUCAAUGUCUCGGCCGUUGAAUUCACCCCGCUCUAUAACACCAGCAUGGUGGGCACACGGGUCAAUGCCGCCGAGGGCAUCAUCUGCCCGGAGGAGGUCCUCGGCAGCUCCAGCUUCACGAACGGCAGCGACGCAGCCCCUAAUCCCCAAAGCGCCAUCGUCACCCACGACGUCCUCCCCAGACCGCUCUGGAAGAUCCUGCGAUCCACCGAGUCAUGGAGCUUCGUGAAGCCCGCAAACGCUACGGCCGGGCAGUGGCGGCUCAGCGAGACGACUCUGUACGACAACGACGUGCUUUCGCGGAUCCAGGACGUCGGGUUCGAGACGGUGGUGGGCAAUGUCGCGGCGAGUCUGACGAGGACGGGCAUGGAGCUUAGUAGCGAGACGGUCGCCGGCGAUGUGAGCGUCAGUGUGGCCUAUGUGCGUGUCACCUGGGCGUUUAUUGCCCUGCCGAUGCUGCUGCUGCUGGCUGGGGUGGUCUUUGUGCUGGCGACGGUGUAUGUGAGCGGGACGGUUGACGUCGGGCUGUGGAAGGCCAGUGUGCUGCCGGCGUUUUGGGUUGGGAUUGAGGGGGGGAUGCUUCAUGAUCAAAGUGGCUCGGUUGGGGGCGGUGCUGACGGGCAUAAGGGGUUGUCUGGAUAUCAGGUAAUGAGUUGGAUGGACGGCAAGGCCAGGGAGACGGUGGUGAGUUUAGGGGUUGUGGACAGGGAGGGAGGGAGCAGGCUGCGCUUGCAGUAG